AUGAAGUUCUCUCUUUCGUGUGUUGUCGCUCUCUUCGCAACUGCAGCGCUGGCCGCUCCUGUCUCUGAUGCCUCGCUCGACAAGCGGGCUGGCCGUGGCCAUUACACCGUCGCUGGUCUCGGAGCCCACAAGAAGGCAAUUCUUAACGCUGGUGGCAACACCCUUGAUCUUGCCAUUGCCAUGCUCGAGAUCGCCGAUAUGAACACCUCUCAUUACCCCUAUGGAGAUGGGAAGACCAAGGAUGCAGCCAAUUUCGGUCUGUUCAAGCAGAACUGGGGCAUACUCCGCGUGUGUGCCCAUCGCUAUGGCUUCGCAGGCAAGUCCGAGGCGCAGUGGAACGAUGGCGCGUUGCUGAACACCAAUGUGCACGCCGAUGUUGCCUCUCGUUGGGACUGUCAGAAUUACUACGGCUAUGAUAAGUGGUUUGCUGGUCACCGCAAUGGUGCCUCGGGCCUGGCCAACCCUUAUACUCCAGAUAUCAACAACUACAAGUCCGCUGUCCAGUGGAUUAAAUCGCAGAUUGACAGCAACAGCAAAUAUAAGUAUGACGAUACUCGCUUCUGGGUUGACGUCGUUGCCAUCUAG